CUAAAAGAAAGCAGUUGAGGAGCAAGGCAUCAGUUGUCAACAGAGGAUCUGCUCAUUAUGAAGUCUUUUCUGUUUCUCCUCUCCAUUAUUGGAUGCUGCGCAGGGCAGGAUAUUCUGCCGGAGGGUCCAGUGGAGGCAGUUUUGAGGAAGAAUGUCACUUUCAAAACCCUUGUUGAUCUCAGAGAUGACUUUAUCACCUUUGUCUGGUCUUUCAACCAUGGGAGUCAGCUUGUGCCCAUUGUCACUGUAACACCAACAGGGGAAACAGUGGCUGAAGGUUACCAGGGGAGAGUGCUGGUGAACAGGACCAAUGGUUUCUUGACCCUGGGGUCAGUGGAGGCAAAGGACAGGGGGUAUUAUUAUGCUACCAUUGUUACUUCUGAAAAGAUAAAGACUGGCGAGACCAUGCUCCGAGUCCUGGGAUGCUGUGAAUGGUACGCACUGCCUGAGGGUCCAGUGGACGCAGUCUCAGGGAAAAAUGUUACUUUCAAAACCCUGAUUAAUCCCAAAGAAGAGUUCAAUGCCAUAGCCUGGUUUGUCAACAACGGGAGUGGGCUGAUGCGUAUUGUCACCGUGAGUAAAGACUGGGAGACCAUCGUGUCCGAGGGUUACCUGGGAAGAGUGAAGGUAAAUCACACAAAUGGGUUCUUGACACUGGGGUCUCUGGCAGCAGAGGACAGCGGGGAUUAUUACGUCAAUAUCUUCACAGCCAAAGGGGUGAAGACUGGAGAGACCAAGCUCCAAGUUCUGGAGCCAGUCUCAGAUGUGACCAUCAGGGCCAACAUGUCUGAGAUAGUAGAGGUCAACAGCACUGUGGCUCUCACCUGCUCUGCCAAGGGCUCAUUCCUCAAAUUCUCCUGGACCAGCGGUACCACACCAAUCGUGGCAACCAACACACGACUCACCAUUAAAGAGGAGGACGCAUCCAGUACGCUGACUAUCCAUGGUAGUCUGGCCUCAGACCUGAUUGGUCCCAUCUACUGCAUAGCCAGAAACCAUCUGGAAGUGGAGAAGAGUGCCCCCUUUAACCUCACUGUCAUCUUUUGCCCACCUGCAGCUGUGCUGACAACACAGCCUUCAGUUACAUCAGGAAAGGCCAGGUGGUCAGUGACUUUUGAAAAUCCAGAUCCCUGUGCUCUGAAAGGGUCAUCAGCACAGCUCUGGUGUUCAUUCAACUACCCAGAUGGGGAGACUGUCCACAAGACUGUAUGGUUCAGAGGAGAAGUCAAAAAUGGCAGUUGGGGACGCACUGAGCUGUCAAGUCUGCCUUCAUAUCAAAAUCGUGUGAAAUACCUCAGUGACCAAAAGCACAACUGUAGCUUAGAGAUUCAUGAUCUUCGAGACAGUGACACUGGAUACUACUACUUCAGGUUUGACACAAACACGUACGGGUGGCGCAGUAAAGGAUCGGUCUAUUUGUCUGUAACAGGUCUGACUGCUAGAGUGCAACCUGACAGUGUGAUAGAGGGACAAACUGUGACUCUAACAUGUGACACAUCCUGCAAACUGUCCAGACCGACUCCAGUUGUCUGGUUCAGAAAUGGGCAACCAGUAGCCAAACCAUCCAAGUUCCAGGCCGGUGCAGAGGAUACUGGGAAUUAUAUGUGUGCAGUUGAAGGCCAGGAGUCAGUGCAGAGCAACACUGUGUUUCUGGAUGUUCACUAUGCUCCAGUGAAUGUAUCAGUUGCGGUCAGUCUCACAGGCAGCCUGGUAGAGGGCAGCAGUGUGAACCUGACCUGCAGCAGCACUGCCAACCCAGCGGCAGACAGAUACAGCUGGUACAGGAGGACUGCUUCCAGUACCCUGCUCCAGGUGGGCUCAGGACAGGUGUUGUCUUUACCCUCUGUGGAGCUGUCUCAUGCUGGACUUUACCUCUGUCAGGCCAAGAACCCGCUGGGGGAAAACAACUCAACUGAGGUGCUGCUGGAGGUGGAUGUUUCAGAGACUUCAGUUGCACUCAUGGAUCUACCAGCAGGGGAUGAGGAUGCUGGUGAACGAAGGACAUCUUCACAUGUGACCACGUCCUCACAUAGUACCAUGUCCCCAUAUACCACCCAGUCCUCACAUGCCAUGACAUCCUCACAUCGUACCAUGUCCCCAUAUACCACCCAGUCCUCACAUGCCAUGACAUCCACCAUGUCUCCAUAUACUACCGCAUCCUUACAACCCACCACGACACAGAGAGACACGGAUACAAGGCUGGAUAAUCAGGACGUCUUGGAUACUCAGCGUGCCUGGUUUGAUAAGCUGCAUGUGGAGCUGAUGGAGAUGCGGCAGAGCUUUGAGAGGAGCCUCCGACAGAUGGAGAGCCGUACACAUUCCCUGCUGUGGUCCAUGAGCAGGAGGCUGGAGCGAAUGACAGAGGCCCUGGAUCGCAACUCAGCCCCCUCUCACCACAAAACCUUCGUGUCUCUAAGGCAUUUGCUACCCAGCAGUGUUUCAGCAGUGACCCCUUCCAACCAACCUCCUGGCAGUCGCUCCAUGAAUCUACACAAUAAAGCUCAGCGUACACGUAGAGGUCAGAAAGGCAGUCGUUCCUGAAAGUGCUUGUUGAGUUAUGUUGAUUAUUUUUCUUGUGUUAAGUGAAAAGGGUUGUGAUGUGUUUAAGUCAAGAUAAUUUGUGUUGCGUUUUCUCCUAUGUUGGCUGAAAUAGGCUUGUAUCAGUCAAUUAUUUCUCUACUUUAUGAGGUUUGCAUUUUACUGGCAAAAGUUUAAAAUAAAAAAAAAAGUAAUUACUGUG